GGUGGCGGUUCCCACGGAAGCUUUGGCCUAAGGCCACAUUUCCAUUCGAUGAACGAAACAGUUAGCUGCCGGUUAGAACUUCGUCUCUCCGUCAAUUUUGUUUUUUAAAUCGACAGUUUUCCUUCUUCAUUUACGAAAGUGAACUUACGGAGAAUGGAUGUUAAACCGCUUUUUCUUUCCCGCUGGAAGUUGUAUCGAUUGAAUGUCUUGUGUAGAAUCGCUAUCGCACUUUGAGAAGUUUUGUUUGAUUUCAGAAAGUUUGUUGUGGGAUUGUAUAGUUCUGGUAGUUAUGAAUACUUGUUGUGUUUACUUUCUGUCAAGUUCGUCCUGAGUUAUGAAUGAGAUUUAUAUGCAAGAGGUGAACUAUGGGUUUCCACCUGAAACAAAUUACCCACAGUGUACUGACCAAGAUUUUGUGACAACCAAUAUGUCUCUGGCACCUUUUUCUGCUACUUAUAGCAGUGCAAGUAACACAGCCACUCAAAAUGCUGCAUCAUACACUCUUCCUAGUCAGAACAAUAGCAAUCCAUAUACAGAACUUAGCAACAGAACCCAUCAUCAACAAAUGGGCCAUGUACAAAUAAGUGACGCAAACCGCAAUGGCCUUCAGAAUACCCAUGCUCGUUCUCCCACUUGCCGAGACCGUCCAUCUGAUAAUGUUAUUGAUAGUCAUCCUGUUGACCUGUCUAGUCCCAAGCCUCCAAACAGAUUUGGACAGAUGGGUUACCUAAGCAUGGGUCGAGAGAAUUCUUCAGGCUCAUAUACAAAUUACAAUAAUCGCCCUGAAUCAAGCUAUGAAAAUGGCAUGGACACUAAUCAGUCUGAAUAUGCUACAAAAUGUGUUAAUGGAGAACAACCACAACAGCAGUCUCAUCAUCCUUUGGUGGCUCAUAGUGCUCUCAGCCUGCCUCUUUUAACUCAAGGAAGAACACAUGCACCUCCAAGUCCAAUGCCCACUCCAUCUCCACCUGUAGAUGAGAGACAUAGGAAUAAGAGGAAAGACCAAAGGCUUACGAGAGAGUCAAUGAAAAAGUACCUUCGGGAAAGAGGAGAUAUGGUGCUUGUAAUAUUACAUGCCAAAGUUGCACAGAAGUCCUAUGGAAAUGAAAAGAGGUUUUUUUGUCCUCCUCCUUGUAUAUAUUUGCUUGGAGAUGGCUGGAGGAAAAAACAAGAACAAAUGGUACGGGAUGGAGAGACUGAACAAGGCUCUCAGCUGUGUGCUUUUAUAGGUAUUGGAAAUUCAGAUCAAGAAAUGCAGCAGUUAGAUUUCAAUGGAAAAAAUUAUUGUGCUGCGAAAACAUUGUAUAUUAGUGAUUCAGAUAAAAGGAAGCAUUUCAUGUUAUCUGUUAAAAUGUUUUAUGGAAAUGGUGAAGAUAUUGGUGUAUUCCAUAGUAAACGAAUCAAAGUCAUAUCAAAGCCUUCUAAGAAAAAACAGUCUAUCAAGAAUGCUGAUUUAUGCAUAGCAUCAGGAUCCAGGGUGGCUUUAUUUAAUCGCUUGCGUUCCCAGACUGUAAGUACCAGAUAUCUUCAUGUUGAGAAUGGUAAUUUCCAUGCUAGUUCAACACAGUGGGGUGCUUUUACUAUACAUUUAUUGGAUGAUACUGAAUCUGAAUCUGAAGAGUUUACUGUUCGGGAUGGUUAUAUUCAUUAUGGCUCAACAGUAAAAUUAGUUUGCUCUGUUACAGGAAUGGCCUUACCAAGGCUGAUAAUUCGGAAAGUAGAUAAGCAGACAGCCCUUUUAGAUGCAGAUGAUCCAGUUUCUCAACUUCAUAAAUGUGCUUUUUAUAUGAAGGAUACAGAACGGAUGUAUCUCUGCUUAUCACAAGAAAGAAUAAUACAGUUUCAAGCUACUCCUUGUCCAAAAGAGCCAAACAAAGAAAUGAUUAAUGAUGGUGCCUCUUGGACAAUCAUAAGUACAGAUAAAGCAGAGUACACAUUUUAUGAAGGAAUGGGACCAGUGCGUUCAACUGUAACUCCAGUGCCAGUUGUACAUAGUUUACAUUUAAAUGGAGGUGGUGAUGUGGCCAUGUUAGAAUUGACAGGAGAGAAUUUUACUCCUAGCUUAAAAGUGUGGUUUGGGGAAGUAGAAGCAGAAACAAUGUAUAGGUGCCAAGAAAGUAUGUUGUGUGUAGUUCCUGACAUUUCAGCAUUUAGAGAAGGAUGGCAGUGGGUCAGGCAGCCUACACAAUAUUCUGUAUUUCAGGUGCCAGUGUCAUUGGUUCGAAAUGAUGGUAUUAUAUAUUCAACUGGCUUGACAUUUACCUAUACACCUGAACCUGGACCAAGAACUCAUUGCCCUGCUGUUGAGGAAGUCUUGAGGCCUCCAGAUUUACGGCGGGAUGAGUCUAGGCACCAACCUCAUUUGUAUUCAAGUUCUGAUCACCCUAUGUAAUGAAGUGAUUUGGAAUAUUAAAAUGUUGCACGAGCCUGUAUGAGCUCAGGUGAAAUAUGCAGUUCAUUGGUAUUGAUCCAACGAACAAGUCAGUUACUUUUGAAAUUAUUCUGAGAACUAUCAUUCACACAGUAGAUAACAAUGUGAUCAAAGUAAUAUUUAUACAAGUCUCCCAUAUGACUUAGCUGCUAUUAUUCUACUUUUUUAUACUUAUAAUGCCUUCAUCGAACAUUACUCACAAUUUGUUGUUAAGGAUUGCUCCAUGUUAUUCUUGGAAGUAGUACAUAUAUUGAAGCAUUAUGGUAAUCUGACAAUUUUCAGUAGAAAAAUAACUUUUAUUCUGUAUAUUUUUUACUUGUAUGUCAAACAUAAUAAUGAUUAUGAAACAUAAUCUUUUUCUAUUUGUUUUUUUAAAGAAUGGAUUUUGAGGUGAUAUGUAAUCUGAAUUUUUGGCUUGUAUAUUUUUAAUGAAAAAAAAAAGACUGU